CGAUUUUCUUUUUUGCUGUUUUUUGAAUCUUCAAUCCUCAAUAACAAACUCCCUUCUAGUCUACUUGUACUUACAGUAUUCUUUUCUCUGCCCUCUUUCUGUACACCAUCCACUAACUAACUAACUCCGCAAUCAUCAGCACUAUGUACUGCUCCAAUUACGGCGUUCACACCGAGGGAGAGGAUGCCCCCGUGUCAUCGUCAGACUAUCAGCGCCACACUACUACUACUACUAGUACAACCACCAACAGCAACCGCAACGACCACUUGUUUGACGAUCCCGAAAUGUCAUUGGCCGAAAUCGAACGACAGCGUCAACAAUUGGCCCUCCAUCAAAAACCCGACGGUUCCGUCUAUUUGUUGGACGUCUACGAAACACCACAACAGUACGGUUAUUGUUCUAUACUGUUCAGUCUGGUCCAAACGCUGGUGCUUGUCAUAAUGAUGUGGCAAUGUGGGAUUGCUCCUUUGACGGUCAAUCCCAUGGUGGGACCACCGCCCGAUGUGUUGGAUUAUUGGGGAGCCAAAAAUACGCCCAAAAUUGUAGAGGAUGGAGAAGGAUGGCGGUUGAUGACCCCCAUGUUGUUGCACGCGGGAAUCUUUCAUUGGAUGGGCAAUAUCAGCGUCCAACUCGAAACGGGACUCCAAUUCGAAUGCGAAUGGGGAAGUGGUGUGUGGUGUAUUGUGUAUUUGACCAGUACCGUAGGUUCGAGUAUUUUAAGUGUGAUUAUGAUGCCCCAAUCCUUGUCGGUGGGAUCGUCGGGGGCCGUCAUGGGAUUGUUUGGGGCCAAACUCAGUGAAAUUUUGAUUCGAUCCUGUGAACCCAACAAGACGCUCCAACAAAAAGUGGGACACGCUAUGCGAAAACAUCAAUUCAUCUUGGCGGGAGGGGGAUGUAUUUUGGUCAUGGUAUUUUCCUUUAUUCCCUUUGUGGAUUGGGCGGCCCAUUUGGGGGGAAUGGUGACGGGAAUGACGGUGGGAUUGAUGGUAUUUGCGUGUCACUGUCGAUCGCAUGUUGGAAAACUGGUGUGGUUUGUGCUGGGUUUGGGAUUGACAGUGGUAGGCUUUGCCGUAUCUCUGGAUUACAUGUACAACAGUGACAAUUUGGAGAUAGUAGAAGAACUACGAGAUGUCUGUGGCUAUUACCAACAAUUUGAUGAAGAUUAUGAAUGCACCUGUACUCUGACCAACAAUCAAGAUGAUGGGGGUUCGGGUGACUAGCUCUGCGCAUUGGUUUGGUUGGGGUACCGUACAACAAAAGUGGUGCACGAGGAAUCCAUUCGGUCGAAUUUUUGAAUACCGUGUUGAACCAAUGACUCCACUCUGAUCUCCUUCCUCCACUGUCAAAGCAAGCAGAGCAAGAACAUCACACUACCACUCAGUGCUCUGCCUCACUCCCCAUCCAGUCAUGGUCUCCAGAAUCCAAGUCAUAUCAGGUGUCAUGGGCACUGCUUUUUUUCUUCCAUUAUGAGUUGCUCCACCAUGACACUGGGAAGAUACUUUACCUUUAGACAAAAGUACUGACUGUACCUGUUUGCCCUGUCAGUUUCAUCUACCAACAAAACAUGCUUGAGUUCAUAGCUCUGCUUGGUCUUCCGAAUCUCAUUAUAAGGGUAGCGACUGUUAACAUCUAGCCAGUGUUAAAAUCAGGACUAGCUAGCAGUGUGCAACAUGGUGAUAUGGUAGCUUAUUAGCUGUAGUUGACUGUGUGGGAAUCCAAUGACUCAACUUCCGUACCGAGACGAAAAUGUGAGGCGACACCAAGAAUGAGGCAGCCAACGUACAAGCACCUCCGCGAAUAAGUCUUCCGAGCUUCCUGGUGACUGUGCAAGACCCACGAGAGUUAAAUGGUGAAAUUUGAAUUUUACUGUCCGCUUUAUAGUACAAUUAGCAAAGUCUUGAGGGGAAGAAAAAUCGUACAGUACAUGUACUUUUUACCAGUAACUUUUAAAAUUUUUCCAUACCACAGAAGUGGUGUACUGUUGUCCGCCGAUAUGGCUCCCUGGCAGCAACAGAAGAUCCGCAACGAGCUUGAAAAUGUCGAAAUGCUGG